CAGCGCGCUCACACAGGAAAGCGAUUCGCGAGACGUGCACGCGCAACUGUCAACGGCGCGCGACUGCCGGAGCCCAGAAGCAGCGUGUUUGUCCCCAGUGGAGAUGUGUAGAGUUAAAGAGAGUACACUCUGUUUAUUUAGAGUUAAAGAGAGUACACUCUGUUUAUUUAGAGUUAAAGAGAGUACACUCUGUUUAUUUCAUUAAAACGGUGAAGGGCUUUUUACUGGUUUGGAAAUGUUUUCUCGGAAGAGAAAGGAGCUGUCGAAAACACCUUCAGUUUCAAAGAAGAGUCAGUCAGGAAAUCCUGGAGCUCACUGCGCCUCACUCUCGGUUCUUCAGGAGCAGCCUCAGAGAGACACUAUCGAUGGUGUGUCCACACUGGCACUGCCAGAUUUGGCGGGUCUGGUCUCAUGUCCCAACACACCCUCCACUGUCCACGUUAAACACCUGGCAUCACCCACUGCCACCCUGAAGCGCUCUACAGCACUUAGCCGCCAUGCCAGCGCUGCAGGGUUUCCUUUUCAGACUGCCGGGACCUGGGGCUUCAACAGGAACCAAGGAAAGGGGUCUGAGAGCACUGAGGGGACCGCCAUCGACGUAGAGGACAUCCCACCUUUACUGAGGGACGUGGCACGCUUCGCAGAGGCUGUGGAGAAGCUCAAGGAUGUGGUGCUGUGCGAAGAGAAGGAGUCCCGGAGGGCGGUAGCACAUGAGUAUUUGGGGGAGGUGUUGCGCAUCCUGCGGCAGGUGAUCAGCACCUAUCCUUUACUCAACACCGUGGAAACACUCACCGCCGCUGGCCGGCUCAUCUCACAGGUCAAAGGCUUCAGUUACAAAGACAGCAACGAGGUGCAGAAGAAGGACUUUGAAAAAGCCAUCGAGACCAUCGCAGUCGCUUUCAGCAGCAAUGUCUCUGAGCUGCUGAUGGGUGAGGUGGACAGCAGUACCCUCCUGUCUGUGCCCCCCACGGAGAAGAGCAGGUCUAUGGAGAACCUGCACGGACUGCCGAUGGGACAGGGUGUGGAAGGAGGAAGCCGAUGCGACCAUGAGGACUGUCUGAUGAGCCCUGAGCAGGUAGAUAUCCUGCUGCAGCACAGUGAAGGAGGAGUGGAUUCAGCUCUGAGCUACGCAAAGGCCAUCGCCAAGUACAUGAAAGACAUCAUAAGCUACGUGGACAAGCGCAUUGCACUCGAGAUGGAGUUCGCUAAAGGUAUACAGAGGCUGUAUCACUCAAGCAAGCAGAGCUUCACACAGACGCCCAUGCCUUUGCUGUCGCUCUAUUCUCUGGCUCUGGAGCAGGACUUGGAGCAGAGUACGGGUGUGCAGCUGUCCAUCAACUCUGUCCUCACACACUCCUUUCUCCAGCCUCUAAUGCAGCGUAAACAGGAACAUGAGAAGAAGCGUCGAGAGAUUAAAGAGCAGUGGCAGAGGGCCAAGAGGAAGCUGGCAGAUGCCGAGAACAACCUGCGUAAGGCGCGCCAGUGGUACCUGACCCGCUGUGAGGAGUACGAAAAGGCACGGCUCGUGGCCAAUAAGGUAGAGGAAGAACACAGCGGAGCAGGAAGUGGCCCCACCCAGAAGACUCUGGACAAGAAGAGACGACAUGAGGAGGAAGCUCGCAACAAGGCCGAGGAGGCUGAGGCCACAUACCGCACGUGCAUUGCCGAUGCCACCACUCAGCAGCAGGAGCUGGAGGAUGUGAAGGUGAACGUGCUGAAACAGAUCCAGGAUGUCAUCAGACAGAGUGAUCAGAUAAUGCGUGCAUGCACAAUAUCGUACUACCAGAUCCUGCACAUGCAGACUGCAGCGCUGCCCGUGCACUACCAGACACUGUGUGAGAGCUGUAAGCUGUACGACCCGGGUCAGCAGUACGCUGCACACGUCAAAAACCUGCAGCUCAGCAGGGAGCGCGUCACCGUGUUCCAGUUCGAGCCGUACUCCGCCUCAGGCACACAUCAUCCUGCUCGCACACGUCAUGACAGCAUCACCGACGACCAGCAGCAUGGCAACACCGAGACCCCACACACCAACGAACUGGUGGCGUCUUCAGAAGGGGGCGUGGUCAAGGCCAGAAGAGAUCGAGCUCAGCAGGCACAUAAAUCCUGGCCCUCCACUAUGAGUGACACCGACAGUGUAGGAGGAGGAAGUGGACUGGGUUCUCCUUCCACCAGCUCAGGAGAUGUCUCAAAGGCUCCGAGACCGGUGUCAGCUGGAACCUUGUCUUCCAAUGAGGACCCAGAUGAGCAAGAUGGCAAUGUAACAUCUUUUGAACAAAGUAUGAAUGGGAUUGAACCAGAGAUGGCCGUGCCCACUGGGCCAUUUCGAAAUGUCGGUCUGUCCAAAGCAGCCAAGACACAUCGGUUACGGAAACUCCGUACUCCGUCCAAGUGCCGCGAGUGUGACAGCUAUGUGUACUUUCAGGGAGCAGAGUGCGAGGAGUGCUUUCUGGCCUGCCAUAAGAAGUGUCUGGAGUCCUUGGCAAUCCAGUGCGGCCACAAAAAGCUGCAGGGACGGUUACAGCUGUUCGGCCGAGAUUUCUCCCAGGCGCUGCAGGGCCACUCAGAUGGAGUGCCCUUCAUCAUCAAGAAGUGUAUCCAAGAGAUCGAGAGGCGAGCGCUCAGGAUGAAGGGAAUAUACCGUGUGAAUGGAGUGAAGACCCGUGUGGAGAAGCUGUGUCAGGCUUUCGAGAACGGCAAAGAGCUGGUGGAACUUUCACAAGCAUCUCCGCAUGAUAUCAGCAACGUCCUCAAACUCUACCUGCGACAGCUGCCUGAGCCCAUUAUGCCGUUCCGCAUGUAUAACGAGUUAAUGGGGUUGGCGAAGGAGAGUCUGCACACUGAGGACCCAGACAGAGGAGACGGUGCAAAGGGCCCUGAACUGCUGGACCAGGGAGAGGAAACCGACCCCAAGGUGCUCAACCUGGUCGAGAAACUCAGACAGCUGCUGAAAGAUCUCCCGCCAGGCAACACGGCCACGCUGAAAUACAUCGUACGACACCUGUACAGAGUGGCUGAGUUAGAGGAUGAUAACAAGAUGAGCGUCAGUAACCUGGGCAUCGUGUUUGGGCCGACCCUGAUGAGACCUAAACCCACAGGUGCCACCAUUUCCCUCUCCUCCCUGGUGGACUACCCUCACCAGGCCCGCAUUGUGGAGGCCCUCAUUGUCUUCCAAGAUCACAUCUUCACCCCUUCAGGUUCCCAGCUCAUAUCCUCAUCCUCCCUGCUGACCUUCACCACCCAGAGUCAGGAGAGGACUGAUGGAGCUCAAGAGGUGGAAGAAGAGCAGAGCAGGCUGAUCUCCGAGCAGGACUGUGGUAACUCUCUGGGUUCGUAUGGUUCCCGCGAGCGCUCUCUGGACUCGGAUUCUGACGGAGAGGACAUGGGGAAGGUGAGUAAACGGAACAUUCUGGUGAGCCAGGAAAGCGAGACCAGCACGGAGGAUGACCAGCUAAGCCCCCGAGCGAGCCUGGACCUGAGCACAAUCGUCCCAGAGACCAUCCCCGAGCUGCCCAGUAACACAGACGACUUCAGAGGAGCAGAUACAGAAGAACCGGUAGACCAGUAGAAAUCAGAAACAUCGGUUCAUCCAUCCAUCCAUCCAUCCAUCCAUCCAUCCAUCCAUUUCAGUCUGUAAUCCUGCUACGGCAACUUUUUCCCCCAGUGUCGAAAGCGAAGAGUCGAGUUACUCAGAUGAAUCAGCGCACUCCUGAAAGUCUAAUGCACUGAAGAUUAUUUUAAUUUUAUAAAAAUAACAGCUCUGUUUGUGAGACAGUGGAAAGCAUGGUCGUGUAUAUGAUGGUGAUAUUUUAUACUCAGGAUAUUUUAUACUUUGUAUUUGAACGCUUUGGGCGCAUUUCUAGUCUAUAAGGAGUGAACGUAACAAAUAUGAGUUUGGUAAGAAUGCAAGUGAAUUUAAGAAGGGGAGUGAUAAACAGUCAGCGCACUUCCCUUGUGAAAAAAAAUCCGAGACUUUGUUCCACGUGUUCAGUUUCUUUACACUUGCGUAUCAUGAAAAGCGAAAUGAUGAAACGUGAUGAGCAUGAGUGCAUACAACGAGUGACAUUUUUAUCCUUUAUAAAGGCUGCAUUAUUUUCUAUGAAUAUGACAAAAUUACAGUUAACGAGCAGGACGACCAUGCAGAAAGGUGGAAGUGACCAAAUAUUCUAUGAUACAACAGAAAGGUGAUUAAAAGAAGUGUGUAGAUUAAACUGUAUUAAAAUAGAAAUGAAGUAAUCAUGGUAUGAGAGCAUCAUCAGAGGGAUGGCACGGUGGCGUGUCUCACAGCAAGAAGGUUCUGGGUUCGAGCCCAGUGGCCAACCGGGGCCUUUCUGUGUGGAGUUCGCAUGUUGUCUGCGUGGGUUUCCUCCACAGUCCAAAGACAUGCAGGUUAGGCUAACUGGUGGCUUUAAAUUGACCGAAUGUGAGUGUGAAUGGUUGUCUGUGUCUAUGUGUCAGCCCUGUGAUGACCUGGCGACUUGUCCAGGGUGUACCCCGCCUUUCGCCCGUAGUCAGCUGGGAUAGGCUCCAGCUUGCCUGCGACCCUGUACAGGAUUAGCGUUUACGGAUAACAGAUGGACUAUCAUCAGAGUGAUUUCAUAAACAUCCAUCCAUUAUCUAUUCUUCGCAUGCAACCACGUGACAAAAUAGUGUGACGUGUGCAUCUGCCACCAUGUUGGAUGAUAUACAAAUCCAGAAUGCCGUCUCGUGUGAACAGUGAUGCAUCUCUGACUUUUUCGAAAUAUUCUGAUUCUCUGGAGAUCUCUGCCAAGUCAAGAUUCAGAGAAAAAGCUGAAAUUUGUCACUUUGACCCGUAUAUCUUUAAGUGCUUAUUCUGGACCAAUUUUGUGGGGGGGUUUUAUAUGAAAGUAUGUCCCUUUACACGCUCAUCCAGAAGGGUAAUUUUGCACAAGGCCAUCUGUCUACAGCAGAAAAAAAUAAAAUAACAAAACACGUCUGGAAAAAUCCCAAGGGAGUCUGGAGCCAGAUUCGUGACGUCACCUGCGGAAGCGCCGGCAGGCUGCGCGAGCUUUGCACGGUUUCAGUGCACAGCCUGUGUAGACCAAGCGCUCCCGUUUCUCUCUCAUUGUCCGGUCUUUUGGGAAACGAUGAGUACUAAUCCCAUCAAGAUUGGUGUUGCUACACCCUCCUACGAUACAUCUGUUAACCAUUUUAAUAAUUACGCGAUAACGUUGAAGAAAUUUGCAGAAAACCACCAGGUCGUUUUCUCAUAAACAAACCAGCGCUGACGUAGGAUUCAGAAGGAGGCGUCCCGCACGCGAUUUCACGAAAAUCAAUGUUUGCCGGGAAAUCCAAACGCCAAGUUUUUUCAGAGGCGGACCAAUUCGCCUCAAAUGGCUUGAUUUCAACUGCGAGGUAAAAAAAUUGCAGAGAAUGCAGAAUGUUACAGAUAUUUGACCAAAGUUUAAUAUAAAAUAGGAGAAUUACAUCGAUCUUGCUCCUGAAUUUACUCGUGAUAUGCACUUUAAAGCCGUCCGAUUAUACAGCCGUCUUUUGUUCUUAUUAAAAAAAAAAGUGCAUAAGUAAAACAAAGUUACUGGAACGGCAUCGCUAAUAUCUCACCCGGCAAAGUCGACCCACAUUGUUCUGUUUGUGUAUCCAAACUCGCUAAGGUUUCUUGCGCUGCUUCUAAUCUGGCUUUCUUGACAGACCUUUCAUUUCUCCUGUGGCUUCUUGAUACCGCGAGAUGAGUUUUCUUUCGUCUUGAUCUUUUCGUGUCCUGAUUUGAGUGUUAGUGCCUGAUCUGGAUUUGUUUUAUCACGUAGGUUUGCCUGCAAGGUGAGAAGCAGAGAGAGUGUUCAAUUUAAAGUAAAGUUCAAUUUAAUCAGCAGGAAACACAGCUUGAAUUAGCGAUGAACUCUUAAAGCAGUCACCACACGCACAUGCGGGUGUAAUUACGUAGCUUUUUCUUCAUUUAAGUCCUUACGAUGGAUGUUUUUGAACCACGGCGUACGCACAGCGUUCUCUGGACAGGUCGUCCGUUUCGCUGCUGUUUUGAAUUAUUUUGGGAAUUCUUCCUGAAGACCCGUUUCUCUUUGUCACAAGUAGCAUUAUUACAGCAAUUAUACCCCACACAGUCAAUCAAUCAAUCAAUCAAUCAAAGUCCUUCCCACGCCAUGUGGCGCAUAGGGCGGCGCCGAUCCCCGUUUCCGUAGCCCUCGGCCUCUCGCCUAUUACAUAGCGAGGGUUACAGUGGGGGGGUGGGUUCUCUGGUAACCACAAGAGUUUGACUCCCCACUCACAUCUGUAUUGCAGCGUGCCUUGCCAGACGGCAGUAGGUACCAUUUUUAUGAUGGUCUUUGGUAUGACCCGACCACGAGUAGAACUCGUACUUUCCCGAUCGAGAAGCGGACACACUAACCACUAGGCCAACUCACGGUAUCCACAUACAAAGUAGGCAUUGUCUUUCUUCAACGGCGAUGAAAUCAAAAGAAAAUCACAAAGCGCUGCAGCAGGUCAUGCGUGAAGCGCCAUCUUGGUUCUUGUUCUCAUCCAACAUGGCGGAUUUCCGGUUUGGAAAAUAAGCAUGAUGUCACAUGUACACGAAGAACAGGGCUUAUCGGUGAGGGUCGUAGGGACGCUGACUUCAGACGAGAGGUGGGAUUCACCCUGGACAGAUCGCCAAACUUUCGCAGGGCUAACACAGAGACGGACAACCGUUCACACUCACUGGGCAAGUUAGAGUAGCCACUUGACCGGAUCCACAUGUGUUUGGACUGUGGGAGGAAACCCAGGCACGAGGAGAACAUAGAAACUAUAUCCAGAAAGGCUCCAGUGGGCCGACAGGCUCAAACACAGAACCUAAGGUGACAGUGUUAACCACUGCGCUGCCUGAUUCUUUAUUUAAACAUUUAUUAUUUUGUCAUUUUAUGCAUUGGCCACUAGGUGGCGGGAUUUACAUUUUCGGUUCAUCCGUAACAAAACCGUCGUUCUUCCUGAAGACUUUCCUCUGGUGGAAAACAUCUCAUCUCAUCUCAUCUCAUCUCAUCUCAUUAUCUCUAGCCGCUUUAUCCUUCUACAGGGUCGCAGGCAAGCUGGAGCC